AUGACAUCAGUCGACACUAGGCCUUGCUUUUCCUUUUGCAAUUCCCUGUCGAAAGACACUAAAGAAUUUCCGACAUUGGCAGUGAAGACGACGUUUUGGGAUGCCACUCAACAGGAUCAUAAUGGUUUGAAUGGAUCUAACAGAGGUCAAGGAGAAGAUCCCAACUCUCGAGAUUUGUCGACUUAUGACGAUGAAGACAAUCGGCCCAAAGUCAUAAUUCUUCCUGUUCUCAAGACGGGCGCCGAUUUCAAGGAUGUAUCGGAUGAUCUUACCUCAAGACAUGGCGUUUUUGCUCGUGAUCAGCCCGAAAUUAGGCCACUGGCGCGAAUAUCCUACAAGGGUGAGAUUUCUGAGCGCCGAAUGAGGCUGGCUAGAGGGUGGGCAGCCUACCUGAGUAAGCAGAGAGACGACGGUCCUGUAUGGACCUUAAGUUAUACCUUUAAAGAAGGGGAUGACGUUCCUUCUGCUCUAAUUGCCUACAAUGAUGCAGCGCAAGAAGAGAUCACCAAGAGCUAUUUUUCCUGGGCCAAUGAUCUGUACAUCAGGGUGACUGGUCUCAACGAAGAUGGAACACGAACACCAAUAAGAGAAGACCUAGACACAGCUCUAGUGUACACUGUCGAAGAUUUUCAACUUCAAGUGCCUUUUAAAAAGAUAAAUCAAGGGAAUUUACCACUGACAAGAGAAGAAUACUCGGUAUACGUCAAAAACAAAUUCGAAGGCUAUGUUAUGGGAGAUCAGAGUCAAUCCCUAAGAAGCUCAAUGGCUCCUGCAAACAUCGACUUGUUCUCCAUAAUCAAGCCGGAAACUCAUAAUACUGCUGAUACAUCCGGUACGAGCGAUCGUGAAACUCAAGAUGAUAGUACGAUUUAA